GUGGCUGACCGUAAACAUACCCAAAUUAAUUUGAUUUACAACUCCGCUCGGCAAAGGCCGAUUGCGUCUGUGCGCAGUGCAAAAAUUCGGUGGUCGCUCUGUUCUCGCAGCCAGCUCUUGCCCACCAGCCAUCUGCCCACCACUUUUCUGAUAAAUUCUUCCUUACUCCCUUGCCCUUCCAUUCGUGCACAUCUUCAGAUGCCCAAGGAAGCUACCAAACCCAAACGCAAAGCAGCGGAGAAGGCUGAAAAGGCCCCGCGUAAGGCUAAGAAGGACCCCAAAGCCCCCAAACGGGCUCUCUCUGCGUACAUGUUCUUUAGUCAAGACUGGCGUGAGAGGAUCAAGAACGAAAAUCCCGAUGCGGGAUUCGGUGAAGUAGGGAAGCUCCUUGGUGCUAAAUGGAAGGAGCUAGAUGAUGAAGAGAAGAAGCCUUACGUUGACCUCGCAGCGAAAGAUAAGGCACGGGCCGAGGACGAGAAGGCGGCCUAUGAUGGUGGGAAGAAGAGUGCGGCUGGCAGUGGAGAAGACGAGGAAGAUGAGGACUAGUUGUGCUAUAGACCUACCGCUAAUGCCCUUCCCUGCUCACCGUUUCUUUUUCCGACUGUACUCUGGUAUGAUACUAUCUGCUCAUUCGUUCGUCGUGAUGUGUUUAUCUAUUGUGCUAGUAUACUAGUAUAGGACCACG